AUGAACUCAAUGUUGGAAGCGAUGUUCCACGGAAAACCGAUGAUCGUGAUUCCUCUAUUUGGCGAUCAGCAGCUGAAUGCGAGAAACAUACAAAGGCAUGGUGUAGGCACCCUCAUCGAAAGACAUCGUUUGAACAAAUACACUUUGAGACAAGCUAUCCAGGAAACAUUAGGAAACCGGACCUCAUUACGUUGUGCAAUACACCUGACCUACUCUCAUUUUCGAACAGCUGACUAUACCUCUCUCGCCAUAGCUUUCAUAAUGGCCCUUGUGGACAACUCGUAA